AUGUCGCAGACGUUUUCGGGGUUCCGGCCAGUCCAUGAUCGCCUUGACCUUGGAGUCAGUCAUGGUGAGGCCUUUGGAGGAGAGGAUGUAUCUGAGGUACUUGACAGAGUCCGUGUGGACUUCGCACUUGUCCGCGCAGGCGUAAAGCUGAUGCUUCCGGAGACGUCAGAGCACUUCCCGGACAUGUUUUCGGUGGUCUGCCGGAUUGUCGGAGUAGAUGAGGAUGUCCAAGUCUACGAAGACCUUGUUGACAAAGCGUUGAAACGCUGCAGGGGCGUUGGAAAGUCCGAAGGGCAUUACGAGCCAUUCAAAGGAUCCGUAGCGGGUCCGGAAGGCGGUCUUCCACUCAUCUCCGGAUGCAAUUUGGACCAGGUUGUUAGUGUGCCGGAGAUCGAUCUUCAUAUAGAUCCGAGCCUUCCGGGGAGAGUCCAGGAGGUCGGAGAUCAGCGGGAGCGGGUAACGGUCCUUCCGGGUCAUCUUGUUGAGCCCACGGUAAUCAACGCAGAGUCGCAGGGACCCGUCCUUCUUCUUGACGAAGAGGACCGGAGCUCCGCACAGAGAGUUGGUCGGGUGGAUGAAGCUGGAGCGGAGGUUCUCGUCGAUGUAUUCUCGGAGGGUGUCCAGUUCCAGCUGCGAGAGGGAGUAGAUGGGACCGAGUGGAGGUACCGCACCUUCCUCGAGGGUGAUCUUGAGGUCGUAGGGGUGGUGCUCCAGAAGAGUGUCGGCCUUGGUCUUGCUGAAGACGUCCGCGAACUUAUGGUACUCCUCCGGAACGUUGGAGAGGUCCGGAAUGGAGUCGGAGGUGACGGAGUUCCUGGCGAAAACCUCGGUGGCCAAAGCGGAGGACAGAUUGAGCGUGAAGCUCUCAGAUCCUGGCAGCUUGCAGGCACGGGCAAAUGCCACAGCAUUCACAAGUGA